AUGGCUGAAGAGCAGCUCCUGAAUGUUCGCGUGGUGGAGGGCCGCGCGCCACCCGCCAAGGACGUGUGGAGUACCUCUCGGGCGCUUCUGCACCCUGGCCCCAGCCUCGUGGGCCUUUCCCGUGGGCUGAACUGCUUGAAGAGCUGUGCCACGCUGGGAGCCCCACUUCAGCCAGAUGUGAUGGGACUGGGGGACCCACACUCCCUCUUCACUACCAAGUCCCAAGAUAUGCUUCCCCCCGGGCUGAGUCAGCUGCUGAAUCAGCAGAAUGAGUCUGAUAAGGCCCUCAUGCGGGCCAGAGCCCUGCAGCUGACUAGUGCUGAGCUCGGGCUCCCAGAGGGCCUGGAGGUCAGGCUGGUUCUGCAGGACGGGGCGUUCUACAGCGACCCCUACUGCCUAGUGAAAGUGGAUUUACGAGGUGGUGGCCAGGACAGCGACUGUCUGGAGGGAGCCUGGGCCCUCUCUGGGGAGGAGACACUGUGCACCUUGCCUCUGGAUUUCCACCAGCUGGCCUUCAUGCUGGACGAGACACCGCCGGGUGUGUGGCUGGGGAAACUGGAAUGUGUGGGUUGGGGACCCAAGCCUGGGCACCUGAGGGGAGAGGGGAUGCACUACGACAUCAUCGGCAAGAUCUCGCUGGAGCAGGAGAGCAUUACAGCUGACCCCAGAGGGAUUGACAGCUGGAUUAACUUGAGCCGAGUGGACCCAGAUGCAGAAGUGCAGGGUGAGAUCUGCCUGUCAGUGCAGAUGCUGGAGGAUGGGCGGGGCCGCUGCCUUCGAUGCCAUGUGCUUCAGGCCAGGGACCUGGCUCCCAGAGAUAUCUCUGGCACAUCUGACCCAUUUGCACGUGUGUUUUGGGGCAGCCAGAGCUUGGAGACCUCAACCAUCAAGAAGACUCGCUUCCCACACUGGGAUGAAGUGCUGGAGCUGCGGGAGAUGCCAGGUGCCCCGUCCCCACUGCGGGUGGAGCUCUGGGACUGGGACAUGGUGGGCAAGAAUGACUUCUUGGGCAUGGUGGAGUUCUCUCCGAAGACCCUCCAACAGAAGCCACCCAACGGCUGGUUCCGCCUCCUGCCCUUUCCCAGAGCCGAGGAGGAUUCUGGGAGAAACCUGGGCGCCCUGCGAGUGAAGGUACGCCUGAUCGAGGACCGCGUCCUGCCCUCCCAGUGCUACCAGCCUCUCGUGGAGCUGCUCAUGGAGUCUGUGCUGGGGCCAGCAGAGGAGGACACUGCUAGCCCCCUGGCCUUGCUGGAAGAGCUGACCUUGGGGGACUGCCGCCAGGACCUUGCCACCAAGCUGGUGAAACUCUUUCUUGGCCGGGGACUGGCUGGACCCUUUCUGGACUAUCUUACCCGGCGUGAGGUGGCUCGGACCAUGGACCCCAACACCCUCUUCCGUUCUAACUCCCUGGCAUCCAAGUCGAUGGAACAGUUUAUGAAGCUCGUGGGCAUGCCCUACCUGCACGAGGUCCUGAAGCCCAUGAUUAGCCGCGUCUUUGAGGAGAAGAAGUACAUGGAGCUGGAUCCCUGCAAGAUGGACCUGGGCCGCACCCGGAGGAUCUCCUUCAAAGGUGCGCCCUCGGAGGAGCAGAUGCGGGAGACCAGCCUGGGGCUGCUGACGGGCUACCUGGGGCCCAUCGUGGACGCCAUCGUGGGCUCCGUGGGGCGCUGCCCGCCCGCCAUGCGCCUCGCCUUCAAGCAGCUGCACCGGCGAGUGAAGGAACGCUUCCCCGAGCCAGAGCACCAGCAGGAUGUGAAGUACCUGGCCAUCAGCGGAUUUCUCUUCUUGCGAUUCUUCGCGCCCGCCAUCCUUACCCCAAAGUUGUUUGACUUGCGGGACCAACACGCGGAUCCCCAGACCAGCCGCUCACUGCUGUUGCUUGCCAAGGCUGUGCAGAGCAUCGGAAACCUGGGCCAGCAGCUGGGCCAGGGCAAGGAACUGUGGAUGGCCCCCCUGCACCCCUUCCUGCUACAGAGCGUCUCACGUGUGAGAGACUUCCUGGACCGGCUGGUGGAUGUGGAUGGGGAUGAAGAAGCUGGUGUCCCAGCCCGGGCCCUUUUCCCGCCCUCGGCCAUUGUUCGAGAAGGCUAUCUGCUGAAGCGCAAGGAGGAGCCUGCCGGCCUGGCCACGCGCUUUGCCUUCAAGAAGCGCUAUGUCUGGCUCAGCGGGGAGACCCUCUCCUUCUCCAAGAGUCCUGAGUGGCAGACGCGCCACUCCAUCCCCGUGUCGCACAUCCGCGCCGUGGAGCGCGUAGACGAGGGCGCCUUCCAACUGCCCCACGUGAUGCAGGUGGUGACGCAGGACGGCGCGGGGGCGCUGCACACCACCUACCUCCAGUGCAAGAAUGUGAACGAGCUCAACCAGUGGCUCUCGGCCUUGCGCAAGGCCAGCGCCCCCAACCCGGACAAACUGGCCGCCUGCCACCCCGGUGCCUUCCGCAGCGCGCGCUGGACCUGCUGCCUCCAGGCUGAGCGCUCAGCUGCCGGCUGCAGCCGUACACACUCAGCUGUCACCCUGGGGGACUGGAGUGACCCAUUGGAUCCCGAUGCUGAGGCCCAGACGGUGUAUCGGCAGCUGCUCCUGGGGCGGGACCAGCUCAGGCUGAAAUUACUGGAGGAUUCUAAUAUGGAUACAGCUCUGGAGGCAGACACAGGGGCCUGUCCUGAGGUCCUGGCCCGGCAAAGAGCAGCAGCUGCCUGCCUGCUGGAGGUGCUCGCAGACCUGGAUCGUGCCCAUGAGGAGUUCCAGCAGCAAGAGCGAGGGAAGGCGGCCCUGGGCCCACUUGGCCCCUGAGGAAAUGCCACAGCUAGCCCGGAAGGAGGAGCAAGGAGGUGGGGGGCCCUCUCCUCAGCGCAUCCUGCCCCAGGAAUCUCCUGUCUCCUUGUACCUCUUUGAUUCUGUGGUUUGGAGGCUCCCAGAGACGUACCUCGUCCUGUGUGCCUUGAGUCCAGAACUCAGGGCAUGGAAGCCCUUUGGCAGGGGCUAGCCUUGCACUGAGCGAAUCUUGCUCUCUGGGUUGAUUCAGACUGGAGUGGAUAGGAUAAGGAAUCUGACUUAUUUGACUGAGACCGGGGUCUCUGCUUCACCAAACUGGCCUCUAUCCAUACCAAGGAGGCCAGCCUGGCUCUGAGCUGCUGGAUACAGCUGGACCUGAAUUCCUGAAGCCCAUGUGAUGUUGUUGCCCCAGAUAGGCACUAAAUGGGCUCACUCCUUCCUGUU